AUGGGUAAUAUUAUUCCAACUGCUUUAGAUGUUAGAAAAGCUAGAUUUCUUCAACCACAAGUAGCUACUGUAGCGACUGCUUUCGACACCAAAAUCAAAGCCUACAAACAAGCAAACCAAAUACCAUUGAAAGCCAAUGUAGUUGCCAGCUUGACAGGCAUCGUCAAUGCCAACAAGACUCUUCCUGCACUAGCAAAAGACAAGAGAAUCAUUUUCAAUGUUCAAGACGAUUCACGAGGUCAUCUCUUUGUAAAGUAUGCAGACAAAUACGAGUAUUUGUUCACCAUCAACGGACGUAACUCCCCACUCAAUAACUUUGCCAUCCGUAUAAACACCGACAUCAAAUUCAUUUUCGUUUACAAUACCAACCAUGUAGUUAAGUGGUCAUUCCAAACAUACCCACACGAUCAGACCAUCGUGAACAUCAACAAGAAAUUCCCCAGAACUUUCCAAUGUGACGUAUACAACGAAACACCCACCAUAGAUCUCUACCUAUGGGUAGACAACGAUGAAAAAGGAGUUAUUACCAAACAACAACCAGCUGUACUUGCUAACUUUGUACUCGAUUGGACUCAUUGUCAAACUACCCAUUAA